GCCGGAUGGUCAACCUCAAGUUUCUCAAAAAGUAUGCUGGCCAGCAACAACCCGAUAAGCUCCCAGCUCAUCAUUUCAACAGCAGGUAGGUGUCGAGGGGCAGUGGGGCCAUAUUGGGUGUCGGGGUAGGUGUGAGGUCCUCAGAUGUCAGAAUGUAUCUUGGAGGGGUAUACUUGACUUCAACAAAGGCCUCAGACCGAUAUGCCCCAGGAAGCUUAUCUCUCAACCAAGGCCAGCUACCCAUCACGGUAGGAGCAAUCCUAUAAAGCGGAACAAGAUGGGACCGAAAGAGCGGUGCGUGCCGCGGCUGGCAAAUCGUUGUGACGAGAGAGGUAUUCGUAACUGAGUCCGUAUGGCCCACCGGGCUUUAAGACACCGAAUGUAAAGUCGAGAACCCGUUUGCAUGGCCAAACAGUGAAAUACCGGGUGGGGCUUACGCGCCUCGACCGACAUGGGGUGUGGGGUGUUGGAAACAGUCGGCAUCGGCUCCGACACCGUCAACCUGAAGAGGAAACGGGGUUGUCCAAGCGGCCCGUUCUACGGGAGCACCCCGCCCAUGGAAGAGCUGUUGAAUCCAGGUGCGGGGGAAUUUGCACACCGAGCUUCGGCCACUAACGGCACCGAGUGCGUGAUGCUUAGCAAGCUCCAUUUGUCACCCAGAUGGUGUUCUCGAUAGCGCCAUAUGACGAAAUUCGCUCCCUUUUGUCAGCAACCAGGACCUUUGCGCCAAUUCGAAUGACUUCAAAAAGUGGUUUGGGCGCCUUGAACCAAGAAUCGGCAAAAUCACCCACGUCUCCACCUCUCAAAACCCUACUUUGACGACGAGCCCCUGAUACCGGCAGCCAGCAGCAAAGACAACAAUCACAGAAUAUAUACAAAAUGGGUUCUACCGACGCCAAGCUCACCUUGUACACCAACCACAGAUGCCCAUGGGCACACCGGGCUCACAUCAUCUUGGAGGAGCUCAAGGUUCCCUUUGAAGAAGUCAUCAUCGACCUUGACACCCCUCGCACACCGGAGUACUUGAAGAUCAACCCGAGAGGCCUGGUCCCUGCACUCUCUUACAACGGCGAGAUCAUCAUCGAGUCUGCUAUUGUCGCGAACUUCCUGGCGGACGCCUACCCAUCUCAUCUCCUGCCGCCCUCCAACACACCCGAGGGUGCGCUGCGCCGUGCACGUGUUGCAUUAUUUGUAGACGCCUUCAUCUCCAAGUUCAACAGCCAGCUGUUUGCCCUCUACACGGCGGAGGGCGAGGCUGCGAGAGCCGAGAUCGUAGACAAGGCCGUCGCCGCCCUUGUGAAGGAAGUUGAGCCAUUGCUUGCAGACGCCAGCCCUUAUUUCGGUGGCAGUGACAAGCUCACACAGGCUGAGGUUUUGACUGGGUCAUUCGUCGUCCGUCACAAGAGCUUGUCCAAGACGGAUCUCUACCCCUCCAACCUGUGGCCAUCGAUUGUCGAGAAGGCUCCCAACUUUGCCAAAUGGGCCGAAGUUGUCGCUGUACACCCGAGCGUGACUUCCAUCUUUAAGGAGCAAGAGAUCAUUGACGGGACCCGGGCCAGGAUUGCGAAGCUCAAGGCUCAGAAGCAACAGUAA